UCAAGAAGUCCUCGAGCGGUGGACACAUGCUGCCAGCCGUUCUAAUUGCCAUGUGCGCAGAUUCCCGCCUUUUGACGCCAGCGCAGUGCAAUGCAGGGAUUCUCGUGAGCCACAGACGGAAAGAGGGGGGAUGAGGAUUUGCCCGCGCGAGAGAGAACAGGGAUGCGGGUGUGGAAGGGCCGGUGGGUUCCCAUUCCACGGAGGCGGGUGUGAAAUUUUAACGCUAAGGUGACUGAAUACGUUGCCCACUUCCGACCCUUCCUCACAAGAUGACAUUCUGUGGCGAUUUCGAGUGCAGUGUUCUCUCUCAUACACACGAAUGAGAGAGAGAGAGAGAGAGAGAGAGAGAGAGAGAGAGAGAGAGAGAGAGAGAGAGAGAGAGAGAGGCGGGGGAGAACAUGAGUGCGACAUGAGAACGAAAUCCGGGAGGGUUGGGAAGCGGAUUAUUAUGACAGAGGAGAUCACUCCGUGUUGUCGGGGGUGGAGGAGUGGGGCGGCAUUUUUUAGGAAGUCGUGAUCAAAGGAGACGGAGCAAAGGAGAGUCGGAGAGCAUAGAGAUAGCAGGCUUUAGCAGCGGACAAGGCAAACUCUUAAGGAACGGGUUAAGCCAAACCUCGAGUGUGACGAAGGAUUCGUAAUUUUUUGGUUUUAUUGUGUCCUCAGACUUGCUGAUUUGCACUAGUGGCAGCGGUUUUGGGAGGGGGAGGGGGAGGGGGAGAGGCGGAGCUGGGGAAGGUGAGUUAAGACUAAUUUCGAGUAGGAGGUGGAGCUGGGGAAGGUGAGUUAAAACUAAUUUCGAGUACUACGAGGUCAGCGGAUUACCGCGGGAUGGGCGAGCCGCGAGAUGCGAAGGGGGAGGAGGAGGAGGAGGACAGAGGGAGAUUUCGAGAGGCAGCAGUGGCAGCCGCAGCUGCAGCUGCGGUUUCGGGCGAUGGACCUCCUGCUGGGUUACGGUCUGCAGGAACAUCAACCACCUCUGCUGUUUCCGGCCCACCCUUGCUCUCUUGCCUUGAUGAGGUUCUGCUUGCCCUGGACGAUGUGUGCAAGAAGCAUCCCCAUUUCAAGGGCGCUUGCGACGAGAUGGGUAGUCUGAUAUCCUCACUGGAACCGCUCGUGCGCGUCGUUGAUAAGCACGCGCUCCGGCACUGGAAGAUGAGAUCAUCGUCGGCGGCUGUCGGGAACAGCAGCAGCGGCAUGAGCACGCCCGUGGCUUCGUCCGGUGGGGUUGGGACCGGGACGGGAUCCUCUGCGCAGCCGAGACCGUUCGAUCACCUGCCACGUGUACGGCAGUCGAGGCAUAAUCUGCCGCAGGCGGACAAGCAGCAGGCGCAAGGGAUUGAUCAUGGAGAAGACCAGCAACAGAGAAGGGAAAGGGAGAGAGAGAGUGGGGAGGGAGGGGAGGAGGACCAAGCUGCGGCAGCAGCAGCGGAUAUCGACAUCGUUCAGGUGCUGAUUCAGCUGCGCGGCUACGUUGAUGACGCGCGGGAGAUUGCGAAGACGGCCCGGCGGAAGUGUGAGACCUAUCAUGGGUUGUUUAGACAGAAUUGCCUGAGCAAGAGAGUGCGGGCCACUAAGUGCCUGAUAGAUACAUUCGCCCGUGAUGUGCUGCCGUUGGCGGAGCUGUUGCUGCGGGAGGUCAACAUCGAGGAUAUAAAAACGUUUCGCGAAGAGCUGCGGAAGAAGCUGGAGGCGUGUAAGGCGCGAGUCUACGCCAACGAACGGUCGUACGGAGCAACGACCGCUUCCGUUUGCAGCGGCGACCUCACUGCGCUCCCAGAUUCUGUCGAAAUGCGGGACUCUGCCAGGCGAAUUCGUCAGCUCAUGUUCACCAAGGCCACCUCAUCAGACAUGGAGGCUUUCUUUGAGAUUCAAGAAGAGGCCCAGAAGCUAUUGACGACAGGGGAAGUGGAUACAGAUGCGAGCAUCCUGCAGAGGGGUGGUUGGACAUCUCAGCGAGUGGCAAAUGAAGAGUUGUAUGGCCUUGAUGAGCAUGUGAAGAAGUUGAAGGGAGUGCUGACACAAUCGUUCAGGGGAGCGAAAGUUGUGGGGAUCGUUGGGGUUGUGAAAGAUAGUUCGCAGAGUGGAGAAGGAGGUUCUGCUGAGCAUGUGCUGAAGAUUGGUGGGGUUGGCAAGACAACUCUUGCCAGGGCUGUGUUCAACGAUGUGGAUGUGAGACGACAUUUCACGGGGGGAUUGCUCUGGGUUGAUGUCCAUCGGAUUAACGAAGUGUUUGCCAUCCAGAGGAAGCUGUGGAAAAAGAUCGCUGGUGCAAAGACAAAGCUUGAAGGGGAUAUCUCCCGCAUCUUGAAAAGAGAGUUAGCGGAAAAACGUAUACUUAUCGUGUUUGACGAUGUGUGGGGCCCAGAGACUAUUGAGUGGGUGUAUGGUGUCAUGUCAGCAAACAGCAAGUUGCUCAUUACAACUCGUGAUGAGAGCAUUGUCAAUCGGGAAGGGACAACUGUAUACAAGCUUCCCACGUUGAAUAAUGAUCACUCAUUUAGACUUCUUUGCCAGUACGCAUUUGGCAGUGUGGAGCCGCCUCCUCGCUUUGAGAGUUUGUUGGAGGGUGUGUGCAAAGAAUGUGCCGGGUUGCCGAUUGCAUUGAAGGCGGUUGGGUCCUCACUGAAGGGGAAGGGUGUGGAAGGGUGGAAGUAUGCGUUGCGCAGACUCCAAGGUGCGAGGACCCUCGGGGAACAGUUUUCAUCGGAGAUCAUCAGCUGUGUGAGAUUCUCAUUCGACGGGCUUGCAGCAGACGACCCCAGGCUUCAAGAUCUGUUCCUCGAUUUUGCAGCCUUCAUGAAGAACGAGAAGAUUCAUUUGGAAAAGCUGCUGCUGGUGUGGUCGACGGCGAAAGAUAUAGCUACCGAGGACGAGGCUCUGGCUCUCGUUGCAGUUUUGGUAGGUCGUGCGUUAGUCGAGCAGGGUGUGGAUGGCGAUGGAAAGCCCUUUUGCCGCAUGCACGGGGUUCUUCAGGACAUGGCUUUACAGAUCACAAGGAUGGCUGGCAAGGAGUUGAAGGGGAAGGGGCACGGGAUGCUGUCGUUUAAGUUGGCAGCGAACGCUGCAACGAAGGGUGAGAGCGAUGAUGUAGCACAGAGGGAACGUAUUUACCUCUCCGGUAAGGCUGUCAACAGAUGGGUCGAAGAAGUAGAAGCAGUGGGUGAUCCCGCAGAAAGUGAAGGCCGCCCGCUUCCUGUGUUUGAAACCCGGAAGGUGUCACUCAUGAGGAGCAACCUUUCGACCUUUGAUAUCCCCGUGUUGAUGCCAAGACUGGAAGUGUUGAGUCUCCGCAAGAACUCGCAGUUGAUGGAGGUCUCCGAUCAGCUGAUGUGUUCAUUUGAGCAACUGCGCGUGCUAGACAUAAGCAACUGCCCAUCGAUUUUCUAUCUUCCCUCCUCGCUCACCGAGCUGAUGGAGUUGCGGAUACUAGACCUUGCAGGCUGCUGGCGCCUCCGCGGCUUGCCUGAAUCGAUUGGUAACCUAACCCAUCUUCGCGUGUUGAAUCUGCACAAAUGCAAGAGCUUGAGAUCGAUUCCAAGAUCACUGGGCCGGCUAUCCAAUCUGCGCGUGCUAGACAUGUAUGGGGUGGAGGUGGCACGAGUUCUUCCAUUUGAGCUUGGGCAUUUGACGGCGUUGGAACGACUGGACAUCUCUGGGCUAGGACUGUGUGAGAUGCCUUGGGAUGUAGGGAAUUUGAGAAACUUACGAUCCCUUUGCAUGAGGAACAACCACCUGGAGUACCUCUCCGAGGAAUUAAACCUUCUGGACAAACUUAUUUCACUGGACGUGAGCUCCAACUACCUGCGGGCACUUCCCUUCAGCCUGAAUGAACCGCUGGAUAACCUGACAUUCCUUGACGUUAGCUGCAACAGACUGAAAGAGCUCCCGUCUACUUUGGGACUGUGUCUCACCCAACUAACCAUCUUGAACAUCAGUUACAACCCUUUGGAGACUCUUCCGAGUUCCAUUGGAAUGCUCGAUGAACUGCGGGAACUGCACGGCUGGGGCACGUCGCUUCUCAAGCUGCCAUCUUCUCUGAGCAACCUGACAAAUCUCAAGGUCCUUAAGCUGGGAGCAGCGGAUAAUGCUGGCGAUGACCGGGGUAUCUUUCCAGGGGAAACGAGUUUCACUUCCAUUAGCACUGCUCUCAACCGCGGGAACGCCCGACACGCUAGUAACGAUAAUGCGGCGAGCACUGAGGAAGAAGAUGGCGAACCAUCUGUGAGUUUUCAGUCGCUGCAGAACUUGGUGGAUGUUGGCCUGGAAGCGUGCAGCAUACCGCUCCCUUCCCUGCAGUCGUUGACAACGGUUUCAAGCAUAAAGUCUCUGACAUUCGACUGUCGCAACCUCAAGGAUGCGCGCGGUAUAGACCUAAGUCCUCUGCAGUCCCUUGAGUACUUGCGUAUCGGAUCGACGAUACCCGCCGCCAUUUGGCAGUCGUUGGCCGAACUCAAGAGGCUUAAAGAGUUGGAGUUAUUCAACUUGGCCGGCGUGGUCCGGUUUGGCCGAAUCGACUUCAGCAACCUGCAACAGCUGGAGGUCUUGAAGUUGUCUGGGUCCAACUCCAUCAUGUUCCCGGGGUCUGUGGGUAAGCUAACGCAGCUACGAGAGCUUUUCAUCAAGGGCUUUGGAAGGCUGACGCAUUGUGACAACGUGAACUUCCAGAACCUUGCAUGCCUUGAGAAGGCGACGUGGUGGGGUUGUAACAGCAUCGAAAGGUUGCCAAAGACACUAGGUUUGGCCGGCAAGCUCGUGUGCAUUGUCGUGGGGCACUGCCCUCGCCUCUCUCUCGUCCCAAGAGCAAUUGGAGAGAGAUCAAAGAAAAGACAAAUCAGCUUUUUUACCUAUAACGUCUGCGAACCACUGAAGUACUUCUGAUAUAUAUAUUUUAUUCAUGGCACCGUGACAUCAUUCUUUUUGGAUAUUUGUCAAUGUUUGGUUGGCUAAAUAUACAGACCUGGAGUGUAAAGCUUCCGAGAAUGUGCAAGAGCUACUGCUGUCCUUGGGCACCCGUUGAAAUCAGCUCGGUGCUCUGUUUCCACUUUUCAAGUAUGACGUUGCACAUGCCACGCUUGCACUCCCGAAUGAAAGCCUUUUUUUUUUUUCUCUCUAAGCCUUUCCUUUUUUCUUUCUUUUUUGAAGUUUUCUCUUUUUUUAGCAGAAGAACUCUUAGAAGUUAGGACUCUCUCUUGUCCGUAUCCGUCUAUUUGUCUGCUUCUGUCCGUCAUUGCGUGUGUGUGUGUGUGUGUGUGUGUGUGUGUGUGUGUGUGUGUGUGUGUGUUGGUGUGUUUUUGUGUUUGUGCUGUUGUUUUGGGGUGAGGGGGAGGGGGAGGGGGAGGGGGGGCUGAAAAAAGAGGCCUCUUGCAUUGGCCAUGUUUUUUUAAUUAUACAUAGUAACAGGCAGGCUAACAACUAGAGGGUUUUAUGGAUUUGAAAGCAGAGGAAUUUCCGCUAGACUCAGCUAGAGUGUUUUUGUGAAUACAAGCAAUGCCCCAGCUCUGAGGUAAAGGGAAUAGACGAUUGGGCACAGAGUGAGGGGAAGGUGGUACCCUCUUGAAAUUGGGAGGCUUGAAUACAUACAUGCAGUGUUUAAAAGUUUAAACUUUCAGUGUUUCAGGUUCAAGCGCCGAGGCUUGCAAUUGAUGCUCCAUGUCGUCCUUGAAAGGGUUAUCGACUGCAACUAAUCAGCUUGACAGGGUGGCUGAGGGGAAGUGCAAAAGGGGGAAGAUGAGUUGGUGUGGCGAGGGGAGAGAUGGGGGAGGGAAGGGGAUUGCCCGUUGCCAAUUGUGGGGGUGCCCUCAGGUAGUUUUUGUCCUCGUGACCUUGCUUGGUUCAAAAUUGACGAAUCGUCAUCUCCGUAAGGGGUCUGAUGGAGACGACUUCCAUAAUGUUUAUUCAGUUACCGAGAGCAAGGCAUGUCACACAUUAUGCACCCUCGGGCUGUGCCUAUUCUCCUGCCUGGCAGUGGUCCUGUCGAUACAUACAUAUAUAUACAUAUAUAUACACAUAUACAGACAUCUGUUGACAUUUGGCAAGAAUCACUGGACGACGAGGAGAUCGAUCGUGUUGUCGAGUUGACGAGCGCCGACUCUUACACAGUUUGUUAAGAGGAGAGCGUUAGGGUUAGUUGGCCAAGCUCCUUCUUACUGACCUUUUUCGUUUUGAAAUGGUGCGGUGCGGCCUUCCAAGGCUAAUCCGCAAGUGUGCUGCUGCUAUUGAUUGCUAUAAUCGGUAGACGAUCUCAGUUUUUUUCAAACGUCAAAGUUCCGUGGCCACAUAGAUUUGCGAUUUGAACCCCAUUUGGGUGCUACUGAUUGAUCGCCAGGUACGCCGGGAUCGGCACGGACUCGAGACAGGACAGACAGAUGAGAGUUGAGGAGAUUUACGAAAAG